CUGCAGGUGCAGAGGGCGUCACAGGUGACUUAUGGUUGGGUGUUCUCUCCAGCCAGGCAGUAGUUUAGUUACUUCUCUGCUGGAUACCAAGUGUGCUGCUACCUCCUCAGGGAAAGAAUGGUGACUGACCAACUCCUUUACACUACGAAGGGGCCGAAGCCCACCGUGCUCUGGCUUCCUGGUAAUGGAAGAAGCAUUGUUCCUGAUCUCAGCUCUUACCGCCCUUUUGAUCGCAUCGUCCGCACCGUCCACUUACACGAAGCUCUCGACAUCUGCGUCUACCAUAGAAUGAUUCCAAAACAUAUCAUAAGUCUCUGUACCCUUAAUAGGAAACACCUGAAAAACAAUCAUCCUUGUAAGAAGCUGCGCGUCCUUUGGUUCGGUGCACAGUAUCCAGAAGAUGAUGAAGAAGAGCACGACUGGUAUGGCAAUGUUUCAUUCACAAUGCCUGUCGACCUUCUCAUGGAACAUUGGAGGUAUUGUUUCUUUGUGGAGAUAAUGACAGCUCCGACGCACACAACUACGCGGCUGCUUGUCACUAACACUGAUUACUCCUCAAUGCUGAUUAAGUACGACCCCUGCACAGUGGGCGGACCCUGGUAUAAAACCUCUAGUGGUCAUCUGGGACUAAUCGACUGCCGGCGCUACAACAAUAUAGGUUCUAACAGACACGGUAACACUUUGGAGUUCAUGAUCGAAGUCACACGUUAUGGUGAAACAAAAAUCUUAGAAAAGUGUGAGAUUUCUUUCAAGAAUCAUUCGAAAGCGAGAGAUAAGAGCCUCUCACAUGUCUGCCAUCGUUUCCAGAAACCCGAAUUGUGUUGUCCAUCGCCAGUCGCAAGAGCCAUCGGUUCUAGGAUAUUCUUUCAUGAACAUACUAAUCUGACGAAAGUCACUUCCAUCGCUAAGCCUCGCCUCUCAGAAAGUGCUCAGCUCUACCUCCAGUGUUACCUCACCAUGGAUGGAGCUCCUUCUGUACCUAGGCCCCUUCCUUUUCCUGCACCUUCUGUACCUAUGUAUGCUCCACACCCUCUCAUAAAUCCCAUUAACCAACACACCCAACAAUUUGUCCUAAUGUUUCCCAACGGGAUUCUUUCUGUUAACAGCCUCAUCGAGGAGCGCUGCUCGCCUAGUAGGGCAAAUAGAAAGGACUCAAAGUUCAGAUUUGCGAUUCAUUCCGUCGGACUUUCUCCUGGCCUUGGAGUAUAUCAGAAGACAACGGGAAAAUGGCGAAAAUGGAAAUAUUAAUGGUCAGACUGUCCAACACCAGCUGGGUAACCUCCCAGACCAAGAAGUCAAUGGAGAUGCUCGCGAGUCCCAAACUUUCUCGGAAGUAUCGCAACACACCUGUCCAGGUCGGAAUGGAUUCCCACAAUUCAUUAGGAUUCCUCCUGCCCCUAUUGGAAUGUUCCAGUCUCAUAGCUGUCAAGGCCACACUGGUAUAUUCCAGCACAGUUGGGGUCCUAUUCACCCAGGAAUGUUACAAGCAAAUUUGCCUAAUCAUCCAGAAAUUAUGCAUCAUAACUUGGAUUCAGGUCACCCUGGAAGACUUCACCACAGCUGGGGAUAAGUCAGCUUCUCAUUGGAUUUUAAAGAGGAAUUAUGAUUUAUUCAUGUUCUAUAUUGUAAACUUGAUUUAUCUUGAAUUUACGAGUAUACGUAUCGUGAAAAAUAAAAAGCUCAAUGUUCCAAGUCCGACCGAAACGUCGUCAUAAGCUUCUUUUUUCUAUGUGCAGGUUAUAUGUGUAUAGGUAUUGUGCUCUGUGGUUUGUUGAUUUUUAUUAUCUUAUGAGGGAUAAUGAAGAUGCACAGAAAACAACAGGCGAUCAUGAAUGUGUACAGCAAACAAGAGAAAAUAAUGAAGGUGUACAACAAACAACAGGUGAUAAUGAAGGUGAAUAGAAAACAGCAGCUGAAAAUGAAGGUAUACAUUCAUACUAUACUGGAAAUAGAGUAGCCAGUUGUAUUGCCAUGUAUUUUUAAAUUUAUUUUCCCAUGAACUAUUUUCUGUAUGUAGAAUCAAUGUAAAACUUGAUGACUCUUCACAAAUGCUCUCUAUUUUUCCUGUGACAUUUAAUAAAAUAUUUUAUACACUUAAA